AUGUUUUCAUUUAUUUUUGGAUGCCCCCUAGGACGUCGCCCCCCCUUUCAUCCAGAGGGGCCAAUCACCGCGAAGGGAUUAGAGGCUCUUUGGGCGUGUGGCACCGCAAGAUCUUUGUCAUUGAACUUGAAAAAGUGCCGAGGAGUCGAGGAGUUGAGGAAACGUGGAAACGUGCCGCAGACAACUGGCGAGUCGACCCUUUCAUCGCAUCUUAGGCAAUCCGACAUGAAUAACCCGAGUGUGUAUCCAAAAAUAAAGUAA